AUGAAAAUAUCUGACGAAAUCAUUCUAAUGUAUAAUAUUCUAAGAAUUCUGGGCUGGAGUCAAACUAUGGCCUUAAUAAUUUACUAAACCAAACAUGAAAUUGAUGACAUUUCAAAUAUUUUAAACAUAGUCAAAGCUUUGACUAUUGGAAAAUGUUUUGAAAUUGUUUUCAUUAAAUAAUGCUAAGUGUUAUCUCAAAGGAAUAUUUUGAAAUAUUAAAUAUUUCUAAUGAGGCUCAUAUUUUAAUGGUAUUUCAUGAGACCCUAAUUAUGUUUUUGCUCUUUUAGACAGACUAUUAGUGGUUGGGCAUUUAUGGAAAUUACUGAAUCAUUGUAUUACGUCAGCAAAUCUGAAUUUAUGAAAAAGUUAUUUUCGCUUUUAAUAUUUAUCUUUGUCCCAUUUACUUUAAUAGGAAUGAUAAGAGUGAUAAAUCGAAUAAUCGAAAAACAAGAAUAAGAAGAUUAUUUCAAGAGAUUAUUCCAAUCGAUUCUUGUAAUAUUUGUUGCUAUUCAACUUUAUAUCAAUUUUAAAAGAAUUGAUUUUGGAUAAAACAAAGUGGGAACUCGUAAAAUAAAAGCAUAUUGA